ACUAAUACGAGUGACAAAUGUUUUCUGUUCUCGUGUGUAGAUUCAACUGAAAAUUCCAAAAACAUUUGAAAACUAAAAAAGCUCUCGAUUGAAAAAUAGAAUACUAAGCUAAUCGUGUAUUUUUCACUAGUAACUAUAAAACUAGUUCAAAUACAACCGCUGUACUUGCUUUCUUAUUCCGUAUUUUUCAAUAAUUUUUACAUCUGUCACGCCGGUUUUGUUGCUUGUAUAUCUACAUAAUUUCCGCAGCAGCUUACGGAAAUGGCUAACAUGUUGGAAAAUCAAUUGUUGACUACUGCUCAAAUGAUUGAAAAGCAGUUGGAUCAACAGAUUAAUCAGUUGGAUAACUUAGAUUCAGAUGAUUUGAAAUCAAUACGGGAAGAACGUCUCAAGCAAAUGAAAGAUCUUAAUCGUAAAAAGCAGGAGUGGCUGAAAAAUGGUCACGGCACAUACACCGAGUUAGCUGACGAGAAAGAGUUCUUUGAAGUAUCUAAAAAGUCGCCAAAUAUAGUGUGUCAUUUCUAUCGAGACUCCACAGAGCGUUGUCGCAUUGUUGAUAUGCAUUUAAAAAUACUUGCUAGCAAGCACAUUGAGGCGAAAUUCUGUAAAGUGAAUGCUGAAAAAUCACCUUUCUUAACUCAAAGACUGCGCAUUAAAGUAAUCCCCACUAUUGCAUUAGUUAAGGACAGUAAAACAAAGGAUUUCAUUGUGGGAUUCACUGACUUGGGUAACUGCGAUGAUUUCUCUACAGAAAUGUUGGAGUGGCGAAUAGCACAAUCUGGUGCAAUCGAUUACAAGGGUGACCUUAUGACCCCGCCUGAUGUUAAAAAGAAGGCGUAUAUUAAUCGAGUUAACAAGACCAUUCGCAGCGGUUAUGACUCCGACGAUUCUGACAUAGAUUUUGACGAUUAACAGCACUUCAGUAGUAGCUGACAACUGGAGUAUCCACAGUGUGUCUUUAAGAAAGCUAGAAUUUAAAAAGCUUGCUUAGCAAAAUCAAAUCAAUCAAAACUAAAUUAAAGAUAACAAACUUAAUUAUUAAAACAGAGUAAAAUCUUAAAGUAGUGGGAAAGCAAAAAAUAACAGCUUAAACAAAACAACACGCAAAAAAAAAAAAACAAAAAACAUUUGAUUGCGUAAAUCGC